CUCUUCUCUCCGUUCCUCCCCUCUCUCAUUGCAUCAGAAACAAGAAGAGAUUCAGUAGCAAAAAGGCAGGGAGAGAAAGAAAGAUGAACAACCUCAUCACCAAAUCCUUCUACAGCUAUGCAGAUCUCAAGAAGGAGGUCCUAAAGGACCUCGAAUCGGGCGGCGAGGAGGUCGAAGUGGCCAUCGAGAUGGCGGCUGCCGGCGCGGACGGCCACCUACUCCAGUUCUUUGAGGAGGCGGAGCUUGUGAAGGAGGAGAUGGCGUCCGUCCGCGAUCUCCUUGCGCGUCUCCAGGCCGCCAACGAGGAGAGCAAGUCGAGUCACAAGCCGGAGGCCCUCCGCCGCCUCCGAGACCGGAUCAACGCCGACAUCGUCCAGGUUCUCAAGACGGCCCGCGACAUCCGCGGCCGCCUCGAGUCCAUGGAUCGUUCGAACGCCGCGAACCGGCGUCUGUCAGGCUGCCGGGAGGGCACGCCGGUUGACCGGACCCGAACCGCCGUCACCAACGGGCUUCGGAAGAAGCUCAAGGAGAUGAUGAUGGAGUUCCAGGCGCUGCGGCAGAGGAUGAUGGCGGAGUACCGGGAGACCGUGGAGCGGCGCUACUUCACCCUGACGGGCGAGGCGGCGUCGGAGGAGGUGAUCGAGAGGAUUAUUUCCGACGGGGACAGCGAGGGGAUGAUGAGGAAGGCGAUGCUGGAGCAGGGGCGUGGGAUCGUGGCGGCGGCGGUGCAGGAAAUCCAGGACCGGCACGACGCCGCGAAGGAGGUGGAGCGGAGCCUGCUGGAGCUCCACCAGGUUUUCCUGGACAUGGCGGUGAUAGUGGAGACGCAGGGAGAGCAGAUGGAUGACAUUGAGCAUCACGUCGCCAGCGCCGCUCACUACGUGAAGGACGGCACCAAGGAGCUCAAGUCCGCCAAGGAGUACCAGAGGAGCAGCCGCAAGUGGCUCUGCAUCGCCAUCAUCUUCCUUCUCAUCCUCGUCUUGUUUGUUGUCAUCCCCAUCGCCACCAGUUUCAAACAUUCUUAGUCAAAAUUGACGAUUAUCGAUAAGGGGAUUCUUAGUUGGAGUUCUACUCAAGCUCCCUCUGUAACAGAGGACAAUAAACGGUAGCUGGUAACUAGGUUGCAGGCGAGGUGUUUGAUGUUAUUACCGUCUCUGUUCUUACUUCUCUGCUUUAGAACAUUACAUGAUUGUAGAUCUUUGUUCGAAAUGACCAUGAUCAUGCCAUUACGCCAUCUAUGACAAUUUGCUAGUUGGAGAUCUUGAA